UUCGCUCUGUUCAAGUCAGCUGUUUCAGGUGAAAAUAAACUGUUACUCUUGAAUCCUUUAAAAGUCGUAAAAUCACAAAAGAUUUAUACAACAAUCAAACUAAUCAAACUAUGUAAUUUAUUAGCAAAAAGUUUAUUUUUAAAAUCGACAGCGAUUGUGCUUUUUGCGACAGUUGUAGCUGGGGCUUAGACACAGAAAUGCACUUAUAAAUAUAACUUUCCCGCGCAAGCGCCAAGUUUUUUGUAAACAUUACCGCCCAACCCAAAAUGCAACAACAGCAGCCCCCAAAAAACGCCAAUGAACGCAAAAUCAGCACAAGGACGUGCCAGCCAGCCAGGAAAAAUCAAUAACAACACAGCCGCGUAGCGACAAAGGCCGGAAGUGCAUUUUUUGCAUUACUGGGCGUUAAGUAACGGCGUAAAGAGGAAAAAAUCUCAACUCGAGGACAGUGAUGUAGAUAUUUUGCCAAGACAUUGUUGAAAAAACCCGGAAAAUGGUGGGCAAGGGUUCGAGCGGCUUAGGUGGAGACACAAGUACAGGAAGCAAGGAACGCCCUGUUUUUAUUCCGCCGCGGAAACGUCAACAAACCAAGUCGGAGGCAAAAAAGCAAAACUAUGUGGACCAUAUUGUCAGUGUGCAGCAAAAUCGACCCAAGCUGUCGCCCUCGAAUCCGGGUCUCGAGGAGGAGCUCCGCAAGACCAAGUUGAUCAUCAAGAACAAGCAGCCACUGCCACAGCUUCCCGGCGAACUGGGAGUUCCCAGUGCCCAUGACACUCUGGCAAGUACCCACUCGGCCAGUUCCACGCAACACAGUCAGAAGUCGGCCAGAUCGAACAGUAAUCUCAACGAGCUCCAAAACUUCGAGUCCAUAUCACAGGGCACCAAAUCCACAUCGCAGCGGCACGAGAGCAGCACGGUGACGCCCAGCAGCUGCUGCUAUUCGGAGAGCAGCCUGGAUGCCAAGUUGAGCAAGUCGCAGGAUUGCCUAAGCAACCGUUCGUCCUCGAAGAAGCGGGUUAACAUUCGAACAGCCGAUUUGCCCAGUCAGGGUCGCAAUCAGCGUCCCUCGCCGGAAAUAGCAAACUAUGAGGAUCUGGAGUCGGGGGAGACGAGUGUCCUGAACAACUACGACCAAAGUCUGGAGCGCGGCUACCAGGCGCGCAAGGAGGGCGGCAACUACCUGACCAUGACGGGCACCAUCAAACGCGGACGCAAGAAGGGCCAGUCGGUGGACCUCCAGAUCAACAUUAGUCGCGAGGAACUGGAGCAGCUGAAUGCCCAUGCCAUGGCCACUGAUGCCAAGAAGGGCCGCAAUCUGUGCUGCACCUGCAGCUGUGGCACCGGACUCCACAUCCUGCUUAUCUCGUUGUUUUGCCUGCCGUUCGUGACUGUCAUCUCGGCGGUAUACUCCUUCUACAUCGGCACCCUGACCUGGUACAAUAUGUUCAACUAUUAUUGCGAGGAGAGGACGUACCUGCACAAGAUCCUGGUGACUCCGCUGCUGUUUGUCGCUUAUCCUUUGGCCAUUGUGCUGUGCACCUUUGGGCUAGGUAUCUACUCGGGAUUGCGGCAACUGAGUCUGCAGUACAGCAGCUGGGUGAACGACAUCACGGACAUUGAGAAGGGGUUCUACGGCUGGUUGUGCGGCUUCCUGCGGAUGCCCGACUGCAGUCCCUACGAGGUGGUCAUCCUCACCGAUAUUUGUGUGGCGCCGCAGGAUCCACAGCGGCUGCACAUCAACAAACCGCGCCAGGAACUGUCCAUGUAGGAUGUCUGGCCUCCGUUUCGUUUCGACCAUAAGUGUGAUAUAAAAAAAACGUAAUUACAUUCGCAGAGAAGUCAGGAAUAAGAUCGACACAUUAAGUUUCCUUUGGCCAAAUUUGUUCCUUUCACAUUGACAUAAUCGUAUGUCUGCAAUCGCAGCUUUAGAGAACCGAAUUACACUAUAUAUUAAAGCGGUUAGAUAUCGCAGCCACAACAUAAUCCAAACCAUAGAAAGCAUAGUGUCUAAGUUACUAGAAAUCUAACACUCGCACAGCGUCUAAAUACACAAGGAAAACUUUAUGGGAGUUCGGAAACCGGAAACCGAAAUAACCUUGCAAAUGUCAGCAAAAAUAAUUGAUCAACAAGUAAUUGUCACAAAUACUUGCUCGAGUUUUACAGAUUUAAGAUUAUUUUUUUCCUAACUUUCAUGAUGAAUUGAACCAUUUAAAUUGGUUAAUAACAAAAUUAUAGUUUUUGUCUAACAAUUAAAAUGGGUAACCAUUUUUAACCCAAUUAAAAGCACAGUAUUUGCAAGGUUAUAAAAUAAACAGUUAACUGUUGUAAUUGGGCACUAGCCUGCAACUUGAAACUUUGCUUUCCUUUCUAACUCAAAGCCAAAUUUAUAUCAAUAUAUGAAAAAUAAUAAUGAACUGGAAUAGCAUUUACAGAUUUAUGCAUUUAUCUUUAAAGUGAACUAAAACCAAAUAAUGCAGCCAACUUAAAUGCGCAGUUGACGUGAUGGAAAGUUUUUCUUAGUUUUAAGCAAACAUUUUUUAUUUCUACGUCAAUAAAAAUCGCAGCAAAGCCACACAAAUAUAUACAUACGUAUAUAAGCAAACGUUUUUAAAAUAGAAAUUCUAUAUGUUAAGAACCCGAAUAUCAAACACUUAUUGAAAUGAAUAUAUUAGCCAGAGAAAUAAAGCCAAUAAAACUAUAUAGCAAACACAAAAAAAAAACUGAUA